CACAGGUAAAACAUGGCUGCUGCUGCACAACAGCUCCGAAAAUUGCACGGCUCUGGCAUUUGUUUUCCACCAAAAAAUCGGAUCAAGUUGACAGCACUGCGAGUUCGCACAUCCGAUAUCGGAGAAAUUCUCCUUGCUAUGGUUCGAUGCUGAGCCGCGACCCCAUGGGGAAGCAUGGAAUCGGUGCUUGAAAAAAGCUGAAGGAUCCGGAUCUCAAGUGACUCCAAUCCUGUUGUUCUCCUCUUCAUGUCAGCAACCUGGGAAUCUGAGCUCGGAAAUGGCUUCGGAAGUUGGAAGCUACAAGGUGUCGUCAAGGCGGACUGGCCACUGGCAGGUCUGGAAGUCGCAGUGCGUACAUUCAGCUUAUAGUGGAGCACCCAAGCUCCAAGACAUCUCCCUUCCACAUUCAAUGAACACUGGGAAGCUGUCGAAGGGGACUUGCCAAGGAAUGACUACGAUCAGGAAUAUCAGGCAUAUCCAGGUUGUCGGGCCCGGAACACGCCUCAAAUCUGGGGGCGGAGAUCCCCGGAUCCCCAGACCCGACCCCACGAAGAGAAGGCUGGAUGGAGACGAUAUGAGCGAGCAUCACCUGACUUCACCUCUUCUCUCCUCUGCCUUUCCCUUCCUUGUCGCUUCCCUUUCUUCCCGUCCCCUUCCACUCCGUCCCGCGGUUUAUGCUUAUUCCUGCCCCGCGAGAGGAGAAAGCAUGGAUGAAGGAGGCGGGAAAAGGGUCUCAGCGAGUCAAGGAAUGGCAAGGUUGGGUUUGAGCAAGUGGUUAAGCUUACGAAUCCACUGCAUCACGUUAUCCCUAUACUUGGGCGUUUUAUGGCAAAGGUGGUAUCCCCCAGUUGUUUUACCAGGUCCGCCUUCACUCUGCCUCGCUCACGCCGCUUUUGCUGGAGAAGGUAAGGUCCGUCAGCUCGGGAAGCUUGUCGUGAAUAAGCAUAGCACGAUAUCUGCUAUACGGAGUUCCAUCACGCCAACCGGUAGGUGUGAUGUUUCCACAGGCACCCCCCUUAUCCCAUCACCAAGCAUUCUUCGGAUCGGCGACGGCCUCUGCAUAUCAUGCCCUUCGUCGAUAUGUGCUGUCACGUGGCUCGUGACUCCCGGCUAAACCCCGUUGACUUUCAGAACUGUGUCUCGACACGCUCUGAUUUCACCGGAAGUGAGGCUGAUCAACUUCAGGAAAUUGCUUGCUGGAUAUGUAGGCACCG